GUCCAACCCGAGACCACCCCACCAAUGACGUCGCAGCCAGCCAGGCCCAACCUAGCCUUAGCCGCCUAAAAAUAAUUGCUAGAUUUCGCACGCUCCCGUGAGUGAUAGAUAAGUGCACGAGGUCCCUCUCACGCGCUCCCUCCUCCCCCACCAAACUGCACAUUGCUUGAAACCCGGCCACUGCAACCAGACGGUAAAGGUAGCCUGCAAUGUGCUAGCCUCAGAUGCGAAAAUUAAAGUAGCACCCCCCAUCUUUGACCUCGUUGUGGCUCACCUCCAGGAAAACCCCCACUCAUACAUGGCCGACGACCGAGGAAGAGACACGCCCGAGGGCGCAGAAAACAGAGAAAAUGGCAACGGCAACGGCAACGGCCAUGGGAAUGGCCAUGGCUAUCCCUACCAAGAUCCGCAGGACGGCCGCAGGAGCACGCCCCAGACGCCCAGGCUGUACCGGCUGAACUCGAACACGAGCUCGGUCAGCAUCUUCGAGGACGUGGAGAUGGCACACGACGAGCUUUAUUCCGGGCCCAUGGCCGAGUCACUCCCGACCAGCGUGAAUGCAUUCGCCCACCGACGCCGGAGCCGUGCCGACUCCACCACCAGCUUCGCCUUCUACCCCGACUCCCCAGAGGGCGAGACCAGGGGAGACAUACUGGACGACAUGAGGAUCGAGGACCUGGACGACGUCCCCUUUGCGGUGGACAUAGGCGAUGAUGAGGGCGGCGCAGAAGAAGGAGUAGGAGAGGAAGGGCGCGACACGGCUGGGGUCAUCCUCCCGAACGGCGGCGGCGAGUUCGAGGAGAGCAGCGAGGCCAACGGGGAGGACGGGGAGGACGGGGAGGAGACCUCGAUGCUCCGCCGGUCGUCCACGCUCUCGCACCACUCUGUGCACUCGCGGCUCCUGCGGCGCGACAGCAACAUGACCGAGACGAGCGCCUACGGCGGCGGCCGCUUCUCCCAGAAGAUCUACAUGACCAACGAGGACCUGGUCAUCGUGCUCGCCGGGUUCCGGACCAGCGGCGUCGGCCUGGCCGCGUACGCCCUCAUCUGCGUCGCGACCCUCGGGCUGGGCUGGCUGCUCUUCCGGUGGAUGCCGCGCUGGCACGUCUGGCUGACGGGGAAGCAGGCGCCCCUGCGGGAGGCGUCGUGGCUCGUCGUCGAGAACCAGUGGAACGAGAUGGCCAUCCUCAACGUCGACGCGAAGCCCUACGGCCGGGUCCUGUCGACGGUGUUCGGGGCGCCGAGCAAGAAGGGCUCCUCGUCCUACGUCUUCGAGUUCGACGACGAUCCGAUCCUGGACGAGCUGAGGGUCGUCAACUACCGUUAUGUGCGCUUCUACUACCACCCCCUGUGGGACAAGUUCCGCCUUGUAAGCGGCUGGAAGGAUCCCCUGUGGCAGGAUGUGAGGUCGGUGAGGGACGGCAUCGACAGCGACGAGAAGAACCACCGCGAGCUGGUGUUCGGGUCGAACCUGAUCGACAUUGAGCAAAAGUCGGUCUUCCGCCUCCUGGUCGAUGAGGUGUUCCACCCUUUCUACGUCUUCCAGAUCGCAAGCCUGAUUCUCUGGUCGAUGGACCAGUAUUACUACUACGCGAUAGCCAUCUUCGCCAUGUCGGUGGUCAGCAUAGCCACCACGCUCUUCGAGACCAUCUCGACCAUGAAGCGGCUGCGCGAGAUCUCCCGCUUCGAGUGCGAGGUGCGGGUCCUGAGGGACGGGUUCUGGCAGCACAUCUCGUCGGGGGAGCUCGUGCCCGGCGACAUCUACGAGAUCACGGACCCGAGCCUGACCCAGUUCCCGAGCGACAGCCUCCUCCUCAGCGGGGACUGCAUCGUCAACGAGAGCAUGCUCACCGGGGAGUCGGUCCCCGUCUCGAAGGUCCCGGCCACGGACAACACCCUGUGGGAGAUGGGCCUCAGCGCCUCGGCGGUCACGCCCGAGGUCGCGAAGCACUUCCUCUUCUGCGGCACCAAGAUCAUCCGCGCCCGGCGGCCCCAGGACGACCGGAACCAAGAGGCAGUCGGCCUGGCCAUGGUCGUCAGGACCGGCUUCGACACCACAAAGGGCGCCCUGGUGCGGUCCAUGCUGUUCCCCAAGCCGUCCGGCUUCAAGUUCUACCGCGACUCCUUCCGAUACAUCUCCGUCAUGGCGUGCGUCGCCAUGUUUGGCUUCAUCGCUACUUUUAUCAACUUCAUCCGCCUUGGUAUAGCUUGGCACCUCAUCAUCGUGCGGGCCCUGGACCUGAUCACGAUUGUCGUGCCGCCCGCACUGCCAGCCACGCUGACCAUCGGCAUAAACUUUGCGAUAAACCGGCUCAAGAAAAAACACAUCUUCUGUAUCAGCCCGCAGAGGGUCAACGUGGGCGGCAAGAUCGACAUUAUGUGCUUCGACAAGACGGGCACACUCACCGAGGACGGCCUGGAUAUACUCGGAGUACGGGUGGUGAACCAGUCAGCACACCGGUUCGAGGAUCUCCUCACCAAUCCGACCGAAAUAGCCAGGAAGGACAGCGCAUCGGCGGACCAGGGCCAGCCCUAUGUGGCUAGCAAGGCUUUGCUAUAUACCAUGGCAACAUGCCACUCUCUGAGGUCCAUUGACAAUGAGCUUGUUGGGGACCCACUGGACGUGAAGAUGUUCGAGUUUACAAACUGGUCCUACGAAGAAGGGCAGCAGGGUAGCGGAGGCGACGAGGAGGAGGAGAACAGAGGGCUCUCGCCCUCGAUUGCUCGACCACCCGCAGCGAUGAGCCUCGAUCUCUACGACAGCAGCAGCAAUGGCACGUGGGUGCCACUUGAGCUGGGCGUCCUCAAACUAUUUGAAUUCGUGUCCCAGCUCCGCAGGAUGAGCGUCAUUGUCCGGACGUUUGGCCAGGCGAGUGGUGACAUCUACGUUAAAGGCGCGCCCGAGUGCAUGAGGGAGAUCUGUCGACCUGAGAGCUUCCCUUCCGACUACGAGGAGCAACUCUCAUACUAUACGCACAAGGGCUACAGAGUUAUCGCAUGUGCCACGAAGCACCUGAAGAAGCUGACCUGGGUCAAGGCGCAAAAGAUGACCCGCGCGGACGUGGAGUCUGACCUGGACUUUGUUGGGUUCAUCAUCUUUGAGAACAAGCUGAAGCGCACGACCGCAUCUGUUUUGGACGAGCUCCUGCGGUCCAACAUUGGCUGUGUGAUGUGCACCGGGGACAACAUCUUGACCGCCAUCAGCGUCGCAAGAGAAUGCAACAUGAUCAACAAGACAGCACACUGCUUCGUGCCUCGGUUCGUAGAAGGGCACUCGAGAGAUCCCGAAGCGAAACUCCAGUGGGAGAGCAUCGACAACAACCUCCUCACACUGGACGAGAAGACGCUGGUGCCGCUUCCUCCCCCGGCCGAGGUGGACGCGUCACUGCCUUACGACAUCUCAGACCUGCGCAACUACUCCAUCGCGGUCAGCGGCGACGUCUUCCGCUGGGUGGUCGACUUCGCGCCCGCGGAGGUGCUGCAGAGGAUGCUCGUCACGGGCAAGAUCUACGCGCGCAUGUCCCCGGACGAGAAGCACGAGCUGGUGGAGAAGCUGCAGAGCAUCGACUACUGCGCCGGGUUCUGCGGGGACGGCGCCAACGACUGCGGGGCGCUCAAGGCGGCGGACGUGGGGAUCUCGCUGUCCGAGGCGGAGGCGUCGGUGGCGGCGCCGUUCACGAGCCGGGUGUUUGACAUUGGCUGCGUGCCGGACGUGAUCCGCGAGGGCCGGGCGGCGCUGGUGACGAGCUUCAGCUGCUUCAAGUACAUGAGCCUGUACUCGGCGAUCCAGUUCACGUCGGUGUCGUUCCUGUACGCGUCGGCGGGCAACCUGGGCGACUUCCAGUUCCUCUUCAUCGACCUGGCGCUCAUCCUGCCCAUCGCCGUGUUCAUGUCGUGGGCGGGGCCCUCCCCGGGGCUCUGCAGGAAGCGGCCGACGGCGGACCUGGUGUCGCGCAAGGUGCUGACGCCGCUUCUGGGCCAGAUCUGCGUGUGCAUCGCCGUCCAGGCCGCGGCGUUCGUGGUGGUCAGGAGGCAGCCGUGGUUCAUCCCGCCCAGGGUGGACACGGAGAAGUCCAACAUCAAGAACUCGGAGAACACGGCGCUCUUCCUGGUCAGCUGCUUCGAGUACAUCCUGGCGGGGGUGGUGCUCAACGCGGGCCCGCCCUUCAGGGUCGGCGCCUGGAGGAACUGGCCGUUUGUGGCGACCAUUGGCGUCGCGCUGGGGGUCACCGUCUACAUGGUGAUGGGCCCGGCGCACUGGGUGAAGAAGCUGAUGCAGCUCACCAAGAUGAGCUGGGACUUCAAGCUGUUCCUGAUCACGUUGGGCCUGGUGUAUGUCGGCCUGGCGUGGUUCAGCGAGUACCACGUGUUCCAGAGGCUCGCCGCCGUGGUGGGCAAGGUGAAGUCCGCGGUGACGGGGAGCAAGAAGAAGAGGAAGCAAUACAAGGUCAUCCGCGAAGAGAUGAUGGAGCUUAUGUGAGUGGUGGAUGCUAAUGACACGUCAAAUAGUGGGAUGGUGGAGGAAGCUCAGAAGCAUCUGUGGAAAUAUACUACAUACAUACAGGAUCUAGUUGAGAACCAAUACUAAACAACAGUCUAGUCCAA